AUGUCCUCUUCCGUCUCUGACUGGUUGGACGUCGUUCCUUGGCUGGCCCGCGCUAUCGACAGUACGCGCUACGAGGUGGCUAUAUCCAGCGUUCAAUAUUAUGCCGAGGCAGCACUCCCACCUCCCCCGUACGAACUUGAGGGGGCUCUUUUCUUGGAUGGGGAGAGACGUACGAUGAGGAAGGACGCUUGGGGGCUGUUUUUGGAUAAUUUUAACAGACCGGAAAGGUUUUUCCUCCAAGUGUGCCUUCCUGAAGCAGAGCACAACCUUCGUGUUUAUUCGAGCCCAGAGGACAUCCAACGUAGCACCCUCGCGAGCGCCGUCGCCCUCGAGCUCGCAUUCCAAACGCCUUACCAACCCUCCCAAAAAUCCCGCUUCCUAACCGCACUAGAGACCUACGAACAGAUGUACGACCCACAAAUACAUCACAGACGAAUCAUCCCGAUUGUACAAUCCAGCGCGUGUGGGAAAUCGCGCCUCGUGAAGGAGCUCUCGAGCGAGGAUUAUGUGAUAAGUAUCUGCCUGCGAAACGAUCGGAAUCCCGCGUCGGGGUGGCCGCCUGGGGACGUUGGGGUGUUGAGGUUCUUUAAGACGUAUGGGGGUGGGAAGUACAAGGGAGAAGAACUAGCAGCUGCAUUUCUGGGCGCACUCGCUCAUGUCGUCGCGGAUUCUAUAUCCAUUCCCUCCUCCUCCUCCUCAGAGGCACCUCCGAAAGAUUCGCUAGCGAGUUGGAAAUACACCCUCCCCACCUCGAACGCUUCCUCCCUUGACACCACCAUGGAUACAAACAACCGAGAAAGCCACAUAGCCAAAAUCAUCUCGCGCACAAAGCACGGUAAGGAGCGUUCUGGAACUUUCACUGGGGCGGGGGCAGAGGCGGAGGCGUGCGCGUGGCACGAGAGGCUUUUUGUAAGGUUUUGUGCGGGUGGAUUCGGUGCGCUGGAUCGGAAACUGUCAAUGCAAGGUCUUCCACAUCCCCAACGCAGGAAUCCGGGUCAUCAUCACCGUCAAAGUCAAAGAAGAUUUUUCAUCGCGCUAGACGAAUGUACAGCCCUGGGCGAGUCCAAUCCACAGAUGCAUAUGCAUAUGUUACCGGAGGACGAGAUGUCGCUGGGGGCUAUGUGGCGGAUGAUGAAAGCUGCGGAUGAUUUGCACUCGAACAUUGGUCCUGGCACGAAGAACGAGAACGAGACUCGGACGGACACGGACACGGUGUUCUGGUUCCUGCUCCUCGAUACAGAUCCCGGUCCGUUUCUGCUCCUACCUCAGGCUGUGGCGGGACCACGAGCAGGGCGGAAGUUGAACUUGAACUUGAGGUUGAACUUGAACUUGAGAGCGCAGCCGCCGUUUGUGUAUCUUGGGUUUACAGCGAGUUUCGAAAUGAUACGGAAUUCCAUCUUUCGCGUUUUGGCUCAGCCACAGCUCGGCAGCGACGGAGCUUGCGACGGCACGGAGGUCUCCGCGAACUUGUCUGGACCGUUUUGUAUAACCGCUGUGGCCCAACUGUGGCCAUCCAUGUUUCUCGCUCUGUCCUACUGGUCCACCCUCCCCACCACCUCCCUCCUCUCAUACGCAAGCUCGAAACUCUUCUGGUCGCCAACAUCCACGGGCUUCGAUCCAUACAAACAGACGCAUGUUUUCGCUGCGUUCGCGGCGAGGCUCCCACUCCAACUCACAACUUCCUCAACACAGAAACAGGAACAGAAUGAGGCGGUGAGAGAGCUGGAGAGGGAGCUGGUCAGUCGGCAUAUGCGCAUGAUCAUCUCUGUUUCUCCCUCAGUCAGUGAAUGCAAAGGAGGUGAGGGCGAUAUGGAGAUGGAGAUGAAAACGAGCGCACCAUCCGAACCCGCUCUCGCCCUCGCAGCGACUUGGCAAUUAACCCAAACCCAAACCCAAGAUUCAAGUUCACUGGCGAGUUCGGACACUGGCAGGGCCCGCCGUGCGAAAUAUCGUAUCGCGCUCGAGGUGCUGUUGAAGCAACUUGUUCUUCCUGGUAUCAUCGAUGUCGGUGGUCGACGGCGCGAAGAGCUCUGCAGUGGACUUCUUUGCAUCCUUGCGCGGGAUGGGAUUCAGAUUCAUGGUGAUAAGGAGUUUUUUAUGGAUAAGAAGAGGACGGUGGUGAGGUCGUUCACGCUCGGGGAGUGGCUUGGGAGUCUGUUGGGCGCUGGGUAUGGGUGCGACUCCCCCUCCCCCUCCUCUUCUUCCGUCUCGGGUUUGAAUGAUCAUGCAGAGAACGGUGAGAGAGUGGAGAGGGAGAAGGAGGAGAAGGAGAAGGAGGAGAAAAAUAAAGAGCCAGUCAAAGACCUCCGCACAUUCAGCUCGAAAGCGACAAUGACCUGGACGCACAUCCACGCUCUCACCCGUCCCUUCGACAAACUCCCGAUCGAGCUGGUGCGAUGGGCGUUUUUCACCGGGGCUGCGCUGCAGCAGCCUCCUCAAUGCUCGCAUCAUAACGAUUCAGAACCUUGCUCGCACUCACAUAACUUGAAGGGCCGGGGUGUCAAUGACUCGGAUGUAGAGUUGGCGCCGGACUUGGUGUUCCCGGCGUAUGUGGGGGAUAUGGACGAACCGUGGGAUGAUGCGUGUUUGGUGCUUGUUGGGGUCGUGGUGCGGUCACGGUGUCGAGGAGGCGAAGAGGGUUUGGUGGGUGUCGGUGUGCCGCCGAUUUUUUAUCCUUUCGAAGAAGGUGGGCUCCCAAUGCGGAGGAAACAGGAGACGGUCAUGAUCGUUAUGGAUUUCUCCGCGACGACCUCUUUGGGCGUCGAGCUCACACGUCGCAGAGCCACAACGCCGUACGAUGUCGAUCCUUUGGUAGACGGGCCAGGGAAAGAACCGGAGAAUUUCUUGCUGAGAGUGAGGGGCAGGGGGGAAAACGUGUAUCCCAUUUUGGGAGGAGGAUUUGAGGGGGUGUUUGAGGGGUUGUUAGGGGGAGGGUGUGAAUGUGGGUUGGAUUGGGAUGGGAUGCAGGAGUUUAAGGGGAUGCAGGAGGAGGUAGGGAGGGAGAUGGAUCGGUUUGAGUUUGUUGGUGAGGAGGAGGGUUAGGCUUUUUUUUUGUCGAGAGGUGUGGUUGUGUUUGGUUG